GAACAGAAAUACACUGAGGUGGCUGAACUGUCUUCUGGUGCUUUGAAAACGGUAUGGGCACCGCAUCUUCAGUUGAGCUGCAGUUUGAUGAGCGAGGCUUUUUCUGUUCUGCUAAGCUUGGUAUUUGUUUUCCCUCUCUGGAAAGUUUAAUGUGUAAAUUUGGAGCUAAAUAUGUCAAUAUUUGUUCCUGUUCCAUAAAGGAUACUUGUAGGUUACAUAGCAGUGGUUAUAAUUUGAAAUGCAGGUUCUGAAAGGGGUCUCAGCAACAGGGUCAUCCUUGUGAAGUCUUGCGUUUAUGUUUUCUCUGUGCGAUCAGUGAUUAGGACAGAACUGAUCCAGCGCCAGCCUCCAGAAUGCUUGUUUCAACAAUACAGGUGCAUAGAUAAGUGGACUGUUGUUUCAGAUAAGGAAAUAUAAGAGUGUGGUGUGUGAAAAAUCAGAGUGCGGAAGUGCUUGUGACAUGAUUAGCUGUUUAUAACACCUGGGUGGGUGAGGGAGAUGGUAUUACAUGCUUGCUUUGACGCCUGUAAGUGAAGGAGUUUCUCUGAGAAGCUCAUUUUGCUGGAGUCCAUGGUGGAAACCUGAAGUUCCCUUUGGCGGCGCGCAGCUUCGUGGGGCUUCGUUCAUCCACAAAAGCGCUUGUCUAGGGAGAGAGAAAAGUGCGUGUUACUGCAUGAGCUGUUGCUCGACGUGGCCGGAGAGCGGCAGCUGUCCCGUGCGGGGGUCUGGGCGCCAGCUGCCGGCGGCCAGGAGAGCGAGCUGGACACAGAAAACACGGGCCUUUUUGUGAGUGCUCUGGUAUUGCAGGUGUUUGGAAAAGCUCUGGGAAGGAUCUUUGUGAUAGGUCUAAGUAAUUUGAAAGCAACUCCCAUAACUGUAUAUGUGUGGUUCUGUAUAUCGCAAAAGACUAAGAGAAGAUUUAAAAAAACCCCAAUCCAUGAUCUGCUGGUCUUGCGGAGCUGCUGGCCGCUCGCGUUUCGGAGCGCGCCUGCGUUUGAGGGCGAAGCAAUCGCGCCUGGAGGGACCGCGUUUGCCUGGGGCCUGCCUGAAACGCUCGCCCCUUGUGGCUUGCCGAGCGCCCGUUUGGAGCUUGAGUCCAGGCUGUUCGGGGAGUUCUUGUUUUAAAAUGCUGGAGCUGUAGUAUCUAUUCAAUCUCUGCACUUUUCUAAAGAAAUUCAAAUACAUUUUGGGGUUUCUUGUGUUUGUCGUACAUAACUCUCUCAUGUAUAAAAUUGAUCUGUGUGUGUUCUAUGCAAUUUCCUCUUGUAAAUUUCUUCCUUAAAGAAAAUAGUGGUUUUUCUUUCUUUACUCCACUGCAGCAAAAUUAAAGAAUACGCUUUUGCGUGCUCUUCAGUGUGAAGUUUAAACUUGGCUUUUGCUCUAAAGUUCUGCGUGGAAUGGAGAUGGAGGUACUCUGCAGCCUCGUGGCCUGGGAAGUGUAGCCAGACGCAAUAGUUGGAGUUUGCUGCAGAACAACCACCAGCCUGCGGAGGGUGGGACUCGGUGGUCCCCGCCCCGUUGUAGGCGCCGUCCCGGGGCGGGGGACACCCGGCGCCAGGGCCGCGAGCAGCUGUGCUGCGGAGUUCCCUUUCCAAGACCAAGUCAAGAUUUACACCGCUCCUUGACUGCGAUGUAACAGAUAAUUUCAUGUGUAGACCUAUUUACGUUACAUAAAAGUUGCUGUCAUCACCGGUAUGUGGGAGCAAGAUUUGUUUCAUCAAAGCAUUUGUGUCUUCAACCUGGUGGUUCAAGGUUUUUCUUCAAAUACUUGAUCUGUGACCUGAGCUACAGAGAGAAAAGUGCACCAUUUUAAGACCUGGUUUAAAGCCUCUUGGAAUUACAGUGUAGGAACAUUUCAGUUGUUCUCGGUAAUGUUUACAUUGGAAAUCUUGAAUCUUUUUAUUCUCACAGAUAAGAAAGUUUCAGUAUUUUUUUGGUUUGAUUUAGUAAAAUCUCUUAAACAGAUGCCUAUUGAAAACUAAUAAUUAAGUGAUGCCAAGUGAUCCAUUAGCAAUGAGUAGUACUGUUGUUCUUCUUUCAUUUGAGCUGCUUUGGAUGAUUUAUUUCAGUGUACUUGGGUUUUUGUCGUGCACGGAGAACUGUGCAUCUUUCACGGUGGCAGCUGUAGUGAGGGCUAAGCAAACAUCGUGUUCUUUUUAAGCGAGCAAAAUAAAGAAAUAUCACACACACAAAAUACUAGUCUUUUACCAAAAUCAAAUAUUUGACAUACAUUUAAUAUGUUUUGUCAUUAAACGUAAAACGACUACAUGACCAGGAAAAAUACAGCUCUUACAAUGCAUGUCAGGUAAACUUCUCAGGAUUUUUGGAUGCGAUAGCGUUUCUAUACUGUUGUGUGUGGUCCCGGUCCCCUCUGCACAGCCAUCCGCAGGUUGUGUUGUAAGCUGUGUGCCGCCUGUUAGUCCUGAGUGACUCUCCUUUUAAAUGCUGUUUCCUGAGUCUCAAACUGUCAUUUCUUAACCGUAAAAAGAAACUACUGUGUUAAAGAAGUAAUGUUUGUUCCUAAUAGGCCAUGUAAUAGGGUGUUGGGUUUAGUGGCAGGUUACUAGGUUUGUCCUGGAGAAGAAGGCUGUUUGCUUUCCAGCACUCUUAAUUCCCGUCUGAGCAACAGAGGUGUAGGCUACAACAGUUCUGGGAAUGCUUUUUAUUUUUUUCCCAAAAAUUUUUGCUGCUAUUAAAGGUACUUGGUGGAAUUUUUUCUUAAUCAUCUCUUGAUCUUCAUUCUGCUCUGUAGGACAGGGAGGUGGAGUUUGAUGUGCAGAAUAAAGCACUAAUUACCCCAAAAGAGCUUUGACUCAAUUAGCUUAUGGAGGAAUGGGGAAGGUUGGUAACCUGGCGGUUCCGCCGGGUCAGCCGUGCUUUGCUGGCUGGAGACAGCCCAAGGCUUGUUGGAAACGUAAAUGAAACGGCGUUUUGCUGGGCGAGGGAGGAGAUCGGUGCUGGUGGGGACGGGCGUCGUCCCCCCUCGUGUUGGUGAUCACAGCGCUCUGACCGGGAAGCGAGCAGCUCAUUUCCGUAGGGCUCAGCAGCAUUGCCAGAGGUGUUCAGGUCCUGGGCUGGCCUCCUGUUCCCUGGAAGCUUAUCCCGCGGGUCUGUACCCUGGAAUCCGGAGGCUUCAUUUGCCUCCUUCUGCCGGGUCCACCCGAGUGACCUGCGCUGUCCUGCAAGCCCAGCUCUUCCAUUGAUUGACACGUCCACAACAUAAUGAGGCUGCAGUCCAUCGAUGACUUUGCAAAGGAGAGCCAGGGCCGGGGGCUGCUGCUGGGAGCUUGCAGGGAGCUGGAGCCGAGGUUGCAUAACAGGAUCCUGGGAGAGGCGAGCUGACGCAGAGCUGGGCGUUCGGGCACAGCCAUGCUGUACUAUGUAUAGGUUCAAGCUAAUUAUGCCAGAACAAAACUGUACCUGUUGUUUCUUUCCUACAGUCUAAUUACCAACCUUCAUUUUCUUCAACCAGUAGCCAGCAAUUUCUUGUGUUUAUGUGAGAGACUUGGAACAUCAUUUGGUCAUUACUGCUGCCUCCGUAGGGCGGAGCAGGUCAGGCCAUCCAAAACUUUUGUCUUUUACGUCCAUGUUGAGGAAAAAAAACGAUUUUUGUGCUGUGCCAUUAGAAGCUGCCCGUUUGAGCGAGGGUAACUCCUAAGGAGGGCAAACUUGUUGGGACUUGCCCUUGCAUACUUUAAAUUGCUGAUUACUGCAGUAAACCACAUUUUUAUGCCCUGGAGGAUAGUUGUUUUUCAUAGAAUUAUGUAUAGCAACACUGAUUCCUGUUAUGACCCUGUCUGCGCUUGCAAGCUGAGCAGCCCGAGCUUUGUUACUUGUGCAGAGUCCACCUCUGGGUUUCCUGGCCGUGCCUUGGUCUGUGCCGUGUGUCGCACAGUGUGAAGUAUCUUGUGCUAUUUUGGAGGGCCCGUGAGCUCUCGUGAAUGUGUGUUGGAAUAGAUGUGUGUGACGAGCACUGUGGUGUGGUGGUUAACAAGUGCCCGGCUGAGCGCUCUCCGCCCUCUGAAGGGUUCGGAGCGAUGCGGUGACUUGGUGCUUGGAGACGCCUCGCGCUGGCGUGUGCUGUCUCUGAGCGCAGUGCCAGGGCCGCGCUGGCCGGCCGGCGGUGGCGCUUCCCGCGGCAGGCCCGCGUCCGCUCUUCGCCGCGGAGCACACACAGCUCAGCUCUGGUGGUUUUGUCUUUUUUUUCCUUAGCUAAAAAGAAAUCUUUCACGCAUUUUGUUUUCAUAUGGAACAACGUACUUCUCAAAUGUAAGAAAAAUGUGAUAUUCAGCACUUUCUAUAUGAGUUAAACAUUCAGAGCUUCACAAUAAGCUGUAACUGAUUACAGAUGUCUUUGUGCUGUCUUCCAUUAAUGGAUAGUAGAUAUGUUAAUGUACAUUUACAUGGUAUGUAAGGCAGAGAAUGUACAUACAUUGAAAUUUUCAGAGUCAUUAAACCUACAUUUUCUGUAUGUCUAAAGAUCCUUAGCACCCUGGCUCGUUUCUCCUCUGUCUCCGCGUGUUUCCUGCGGGAAGUUCUUUGAGCCGGUGGCAAUGUGAACGUCACGGUCCCUGUCCCGCUCCGCGGUCCGUGUCUGCGUGGCUGUUUCCCUGCACAGGCUGCGCAGGAGAAGGGAGCAGACGUGUCUGAAGCUGCGGUGCGCGUUGCGGGGUUUUCUCUUUCUCACCGUGCGGCUGUGGUCAGUUGAACAGCUAUAGGGCUGAAAGCAAUUUUCCCUAUUGGGUAUCGGAGAGAAAGGUGAAUUGAAUAUUGCAUGGAACGUGCAUGCUGGUCUCCCAGACCCACGUUGCUGUCUCUCAGAGACAGUGGGAACGUUUUACAGCAAGUUAAGAGGCUUUUCCUGAGGCAGGGAAAUGCUGGAGUGCUGCUUCUCCCUGUAUUUUGAUACAGGGUGUGCUGUAUCUGAGGUGCCUUUGUGCGUGUGAAGGGAUGGAGUUUCAGGGAGGAAAGUCAGGAGAAGUGAUUUGGAGUUGUUCCACAUGAAAGAACCUCUGAAGUGGAUUACAGUGAAGUACAAAGGUUGUUUUUAUAGUGUUUUUUUUCAGAUGGCAGUGACAAGUUACAUUAUGAAAGGUCCUAAGUGAUGCGAGUUCCUAAAUUCAAUUUCUCAACGGUGACUGGGCGUCUUUAAUUGCACUGGCGUUGGUGAUUGCCCCUGCUGUGCAGUGUGGGUAGGGCUGGGUGCUGGUAUCCAGAGGGUCUCCUUGAGGAUGAGCAGGAUGGAAGGCAUUCUGGUAUCAUCAACUGCUUAGAAUCACGAAGUCAGUAUUUACUUGUGUAUCUUAUAGAAACCUUGAUUCUGUCACGCUGAUGUGCGCUUUUUUUUUUGUGAUCUUGCGUAUUAUUUGUCCAUUAAUGCGUAAUAAUAUUAAAAGGUAUUGAAGAUGGAAAGAAAUGCAUCACUGUUUUCACUUGAAAGCUGAAGUGCCUGGAGGGCUCACGUCACAGAGCUAUACUUUUCACGGCAUUAGUAGGUUCAAAACGCUGUCACUUCCACACUCCGAGCAGUAGAUUUGCGGCACACGCUUUUCUGAACAAGUGUGCAAAUAGGUGGCAGCGUGCCUCUGACCGGUGACUGCCUUCGCGUGCCACAGGCAGCGUGUGCAGUAAGAUCCUGACGUUUGUGUAUUUUCUCAGUGUUGAAAGGAUUAUAAUUCCAGGAUUAAAUCAGUGUCAGUUCAGCUUCCUGUAAGAAACCCUUUUGCCUCCUGAAGAUCGGUCUCAUUGAACGCUGCAGCAGAACAAAGUUCUUUUGGGAAUACGAUAUUAUUAAACUCACGCGAUCCUCAGGACUUCACAGAGAAGGCAUUUACUAAAGCAUGUGCUACAAACAGAGAGAAGAAUAAUGGUAAACCAAAUUACUGAAAAUGGCAGAGAGUUAUUGCUUAAGGGUCAUGGCAACCAUAAAGAAAACAGCCCUUUCCUGAACAGUGCAGAAGCUGGCAAGGGAGGCGAUUACUAUGACAGAAAUCUGGCCUUGUUUGAGGAGGAACUUGAUAUACGACCAAAGGUGUCAUCUCUGCUUGGCAAGUUGGUCAACUACACAAAUCUCACCCAAGGUGUUAAGGAGCAUGAAGAAGCAGAAAGUACUGAUGGCUCAAAGAAGAAAGUGUCAAAAUCACCCAGCAUGGGCACCCUGAUGGGGGUGUAUUUACCAUGCAUGCAGAAUAUCUUCGGGGUGAUUCUCUUCCUUCGGCUGACUUGGAUGGUCGGAAUGGCUGGAGUUCUGCAGUCCUUCCUGAUUGUUUUACUCUGCUGCUGUUGCACUAUGCUGACAACCAUAUCAAUGAGUGCUAUUGCCACAAAUGGUGUUGUUCCAGCUGGUGGCUCCUAUUUCAUGAUAUCCAGGUCAUUAGGCCCAGAGUUUGGUGGAGCUGUAGGGCUGUGCUUCUAUUUGGGAACGACGUUUGCAGGAGCAAUGUAUAUCCUUGGUGCCAUUGAGAUUUUAUUGACAUAUAUUGUGCCACAAGCAGCGAUUUUUCAUCCUUCUGGUGCCCACGAUGUGUCCAGUGCUAUGCUAAACAACAUGAGGGUGUAUGGAACUGUAUUCCUCAUCCUAAUGGCAGUGGUGGUCUUUGUCGGCGUGAAAUACGUUAACAAAUUUGCUUCCCUCUUCUUGGCCUGUGUAGUAAUAUCCAUACUGUCCAUUUAUGCUGGAGCUAUCAAGUCCAUCUUUGAUCCACCUGAAUUUCCGAUUUGCAUGCUGGGCAACAGGACUUUGUCAAGAGAUCAGUUUGAUGUUUGUGCCAAAACCAUAGUCAAGGAUAACGUUACUGUGGCCUCUAAGCUUUGGGAGCUCUUCUGCCACACUAAAAACUUAACCACGGAGAACUGUGAUGACUAUUUCCUAAUGAACAAUGUCUCUGAGAUAGCAGGAAUUCCAGGGGCUGCCAGCGGGAUUUUAAAAGACAACUUAUGGAGCAAUUAUUUGGAAAAAGGAGAGAUACUGGAGAAAGCACAUCACCCAUCUGUGGAUGUAGCAGGCCAGAAGAACAACCUUCAUCUGUAUGUGCUUUCAGAUAUAGCUACUUCAUUCAUGGUACUGGUUGGCAUCUUCUUUCCUUCAGUGACUGGUAUCAUGGCUGGUUCGAACAGAUCAGGGGACCUCAAAGAUGCACAGAAAUCCAUUCCCGUUGGGACAAUUCUUGCCAUUGUUACCACAUCGCUAGUCUACUUCAGCUGUGUAUUAUUAUUUGGAGCCUGCAUAGAAGGUGUAGUCCUGAGAGACAAGUACGGCGACGCGGUGAACAAGAACCUGGUGGUGGGCACCCUGUCGUGGCCCUCGCCGUGGGUCAUUGUGGUGGGGUCCUUCUUCUCGACCUGCGGGGCCGGCCUGCAGAGCCUCACCGGGGCCCCGCGGCUGCUGCAGGCCAUAGCCAAGGACAACAUCAUUCCCUUCCUCUGGAUUUUUGGUCAUGGAAAAGCGAAUGGUGAACCAACGUGGGCUCUUCUGUUAACAGCGUUAAUUGCCGAGCUGGGAAUCCUUAUUGCUUCCCUUGACAUGGUGGCGCCCAUUCUCUCCAUGUUUUUCCUGAUGUGUUACCUCUUUGUUAAUCUCGCGUGUGCUGUGCAGACACUUCUUAGAACUCCCAACUGGCGGCCCCGAUUUAAAUACUAUCACUGGGCCCUCUCAUUUUUAGGCAUGAGUAUUUGCCUGGCGCUGAUGUUCAUUUCAUCUUGGUACUACGCUUUGGUAGCUAUGCUUAUUGCAGGCAUGAUUUACAAGUACAUUGAAUACCAAGGUGCGGAGAAGGAAUGGGGUGAUGGCAUCCGGGGUCUGUCCCUCAGCGCAGCCAGAUACGCCCUGCUGAGGCUGGAGGAGGGGCCUCCGCACACCAAGAACUGGAGGCCUCAGUUGCUGGUGCUUCUGAAACUUGAUGAAGAUUUGCAUGUGAAAUACCCUAGAUUGUUAACAUUUGCAUCUCAGCUGAAAGCUGGCAAAGGUCUGACUAUCAUAGGAUCAGUGAUCCAGGGGAAUUUCUUGGAAACUUACGGAGAAGCCCAGGCUGCGGAACAGACUAUUAAGAAUAUGAUGGACAUUGAGAAGGUGAAGGGAUUUUGUCAAGUGGUUGUAGCUAAUAAAGUUCGAGAAGGAAUUGCCCACUUGAUCCAGUCCUGUGGACUCGGUGGCAUGAAACACAACACCGUGGUUCUGGGGUGGCCGUACGGCUGGAGACAGAGCGAAGACCCGAGGUCCUGGAAGACGUUCAUAGGUACCGUUCGCUGCACAACCGCAGCCCACCUGGCUCUGCUGGUUCCCAAAAACGUGUCUUUCUACCCCAGCAACCAUGAGCGUUACAAUGAAGGCAACAUUGACGUCUGGUGGAUUGUGCACGAUGGAGGCAUGUUGAUGUUGCUUCCUUUUCUUCUCAAACAGCACAAAGUUUGGAGAAAAUGCAAAAUGAGGAUUUUUACUGUAGCUCAGAUGGACGAUAACAGCAUCCAGAUGAAGAAGGACUUGGCUACUUUCCUCUAUCAGCUCCGAAUAGAGGCAGAGGUAGAAGUGGUAGAAAUGCACAAUAGUGAUAUUUCGGCAUAUACUUAUGAGAGAACUCUUAUGAUGGAGCAGAGAUCUCAGAUGCUGAGGCAAAUGAGGCUGACAAAAACAGAGAGGGAAAGGGAGGCGCAGCUGGUGAAGGACAGGCAUUCAGUGGCACGUCUGGAGAGCCUCUACUCAGAUGAAGAGGACGAGACCGACACCGUUCCUGAGAACAUCCAGAUGACCUGGACAAAGGAGAAAUGCGACGCUGAGAAGCGGAACCGAGGCAGCGCCGUGGGAAGCUUUAGAGAUCUCAUCAGCAUUAAGCCAGAGUGGGGAAACUUGAACCAGUCUAAUGUCCGAAGAAUGCACACAGCAGUGAAGCUAAAUGAAGUUAUUGUAAAUAGAUCCCAUGAUGCCAGACUUGUUCUUCUCAACAUGCCUGGUCCUCCAAAGAAUACUGAUGGAGACGAAAACUACAUGGAGUUUCUCGAAGUCUUGACUGAGGGUCUGGAGAGAGUAUUACUUGUUAGAGGAGGUGGCCGAGAAGUCAUCACAAUUUACUCCUGAUUUAGUACAACUUCUAACGCUGGUCUACAUUUACCUUCUUGGCGAUAACAGACAUUCCACUUUAAAAUGGAGAAGAAAAAAAGGUUUUUUGCCUCACUUUCUCCUCAUCCACUCCUAUUCGUUGUCUUUCCAUUUGCAACAUACAUAUCUGUGGGAUUGCAGUGUUGUUACAUCAUCCAAUUAGCAACAUAAGUUAAUUGUGAAGCUGCUGCAUUAUUCAGUUUCUGCUUUGGUACUCCAGCAUUUGUGCAUGUAAUCUUAACACUAAACCUAUUUUUAGUUGGCACUGCUGUGUGCGGUAUUUUUAGUAACUGUAUGUAAAGUUAGGACAUGAAAGCCAGUUACUGUAAAAAGAUUUAAAAAGCUUUUUAUAUUAGGUUUGGGGAAUAGAAUUACAUUAUAUAGCAGCUAGUUUCUGCUGAAGUUCAGCUAUAAAGCAUUUUCUAAGAGUACACUAAAAUUGUAAGAGAGGACUGAAAAAGCUUUGUUUUUCUGGGUUUAUUUCCAGAACUAAACUCUCAGUAUUGGAUAAGAAUUUAUACUUUUAAUACAUUUAUUGAUAGAGAUUUAAAUAAAUUAUGUUGAUAUAGUUGAAAUUAUGUAUGUAGCUUGCUACGAAUUGUGUUGCUUCUGAGACUUGAGGUUCUGUGAGGCCAGAUCCCUAUUUAUUUUUGUAUUUAUUUGUCAGAAAUAUUGGAUACGCAGAUGCAGACUGUUCAGGAUAACAGAGAUCUCACAAUAAAUUUUGAAUCAUCAGUGGAUUGAAGGACCAGUUCUGUGCAGUUCUUCCGUGCUUUAAAUUUCUUGCAGACCAUCCAUCAAAGUACACUGAGCAUGCCGGAGUCCCGCGGGUGGAGCCAGGUGCCACGCUGCACGCACAGCCACGGGAUCGCACUUGCACAAGUACAGGGGACCUGCUGCUUCGUUGUAUGCUUUAUGCCCUUAGAGGAAAAGGAAGAAAAGAAGACCUAUAUUAACCAAUAAGUCUCUGGAGAUUUUACCGAGCCUGUUGAAUUGUACUUAUGUACAGAACAUUCGUAUUUUUUCAAUAAAACGUUGCACACACUUUGAACCUA